GGAGGCGGCGCCCCGGCGGCGGCGGCGGCGGACGGACCGACCGACGGCCCAGGACGCGCGGACCGACGGCAAGCCUCCGGAAAGGGAGCGCGGGGCCCGGAGACUGCGGCGACGGACGAUGCGUGGCCCCAGGCCCCGCGCUGGCGGGCGCUGCCCGGGGGGCUGAUCGCGGCCGCACGGCGCGCCUGGACCGGGCGAGGGAGCCCGCGCCGCGCGGAGGUCAGAGAGCCUCUACUGGAGCCAGGGCCUGAGUUGGACCUGAUCUGGAGCCUAAGAUCAGUUUGGGCCCAGAGGCUGUUCUGGAGCCAGAGCCCCAGCCACAGCUGGAACUGCUCCUGCCAUGCAGAAGGAGCCGGGCCUUGCCCCUUCCUGCACUGGCAUGCAGAGCUCCAGGCCCCUCCCCCUGCUACUCCUGCGGCUGCUCCUUCUGCUGCUGGGAGCAGGGGUGCCAGGCACCCGGGGUCAGGCUGGGAGCUUGGACCUGCAGAUUGAUGAGGAGCAGCCAGCAGGCACACUGAUCGGGGACAUCAGCGCAGGGCUGCCGGCGGGCACGGCAGCACCUCCCAUGUACUUCAUCUCUGCCCAGGAGGGCAGCGGCGUAGGCACAGACCUGGCCAUCGAUGAGCACAGCGGGGUUGUCCGUACCGCCCGUGUCUUGGACCGUGAGCGGCGGGACCGCUACCGCUUCACGGCGGUCACUCCUGACGGUGCCACCGUGGAAGUUACAGUGAGAGUGGCCGACAUCAAUGACCACGCCCCGGCCUUCCCGCAGGCGCGGGCUGCCCUGCAGGUACCUGAGCACACAGCUCUUGGCACCCGCUACCCGCUGGAGCCUGCCCGUGAUGCAGAUGCUGGUCACCUAGGAACCCAGGGCUAUGCACUGUCUGGUGAUGGGGCUGGAGAGACCUUCCGGCUGGAGACACGCCCUGGUCCGGAUGGGGCUCCGGUGCCCGAGCUGGUAGUUACCGGGGACCUGGACCGAGAGAACCGCUCACACUACAUACUGCAGCUAGAAGCUUAUGAUGGUGGCUUGCCCCCUCGGAGGGCCCAGGCCCUGCUGGACGUGACACUGCUGGACAUCAAUGAUCAUGCCCCAGCCUUCAAUCAGAGCCGCUACCAUGCUGUGGUGUCUGAGAGCCUGGCCACAGGCAGUCCUGUCCUGCAGGUGUUUGCAUCUGAUGCUGAUGCUGGUACCAAUGGGGCUGUGACUUAUGAGAUCAACCGGAGGCAGAGUGAGGGGGACGAACCCUUCUCCAUCGAUGCACACACGGGGCUGCUGCGGCUGGAGCGGCCCCUGGACUUUGAGCAACGGCGGGUCCACGAAUUAGUGGUGCAGGCGCGGGAUGGUGGGGCUCAUCCUGAGCUGGGCUCAGCCUUUGUGACUGUGCACGUGCGCGAUGCCAAUGACAACCAGCCCUCCAUGACUGUCAUCUUCCUGAGUGCAGACGGCUCCCCCCGAGUGUCCGAGGCGGCACCACCUGGCCAGCUCGUGGCUCGCAUCUCUGUGUCAGACCCAGACGAUGGUGAUUUUGCCCAUGUCAACGUGUCCCUGGAGGGUGGUGAAGGCCACUUUGCCCUAAGCACCCAGGACAGCGUCAUCUACCUCGUGUGCGUGGCUCGGCAGCUGGAUCGGGAGGAGCGGGAUGCCUACAACUUGCGGGUUACUGCCACGGACUCGGGCACACCCCCACUGCGGGCUGAGGCUGCUUUUGUGCUGCAUGUCACCGAUGUCAAUGACAACGCCCCUGCCUUUGACCGCCAGCUCUACCGACCUGAGCCUCUGCCUGAGGUUGCACUGCCUGGAAGCUUUGUGGUGCGGGUGACAGCACGGGAUCCUGACCAGGGCAGCAAUGGUCAGGUCACCUAUAGCCUGGCCUCUGGCGCCCAUGCCCACUGGUUCUCCAUUGACCCCACCUCAGGCAUCAUCACCACUGCUUCCUCGCUGGACUAUGAGUUGGAACCUCAACCACAGCUGAUUGUGGUGGCCACAGAUGGGGGCUUGCCCCCACUAUCCUCCUCUGCCACAGUUAGUGUGGCCCUGCAAGAUGUGAAUGACAAUGAGCCCCAGUUCCAGAGGACUUUCUAUAAUGCCUCACUGCCUGAAGGUACCCAGCCUGGGACCUGCUUUCUGCAGGUGACAGCCACAGACGCGGACAGUGGCCCAUUUGGCCUCCUCUCUUAUUCCUUGGGUGCUGGGCUGGGGGCCUCGGGGUCUCCCCCGUUCCGCAUUGAUGCCCACAGUGGGGAUGUGUGCACAACCCGGACUUUGGACCGUGACCAGGGACCUUCAAACUUCGACUUCACAGUGACAGCUGUGGAUGGGGGAGGCCUCAAGUCCAUGGUAUAUGUGAAGGUGUUUGUGUCGGAUGAGAAUGACAACCCACCUCAGUUUUAUCCUCGGGAGUAUGCUGCCAGUCUGAGUGCCCAGAGUACACCAGGCAUGGCGGUGCUGAGGGUGCGUGCCCAUGACCCUGACCAGGGGACCCAUGGGCGGCUCUCCUACCACAUCCUGGCUGGCAAUAGCCCACCGCUCUUUGCCUUGGAUGAGCAUUCAGGGCUACUGUCAGUGGCCUGGCCUUUGGCCAGAUGGGCCAACUCUGUGGUGCAGCUGGAGAUCGGGGCCCAGGAUGGAGGGGGCCUGCAGGCAGAACCCAAUGCCCGAGUCAACAUCAGCAUUGUGCCUGGAACCCCCAUACCGCCUGUAUUUGAACAACUACAGUAUGUCUUUUCUGUGUCAGAAGAUGUGGCACCAGGCACCAGUGUGGGCGUAGUCCAGGCACACAACCCACCAGGCCGCUUGGGACCUGUGACCCUUGCCCUAUCAGGCGGGGAUCCCCAGGGACUCUUCUCCCUAGAUGGGGCCUCAGGACUGUUACAGACACUUCGCCCUCUGGACCGGGAGCUGCUGGGACCAGUGCUGGAGCUGGAGGUGCGGGCAGGCCGUGGGGCACCCCCAGCUUUCGCUGUGGCUCGGGUCCGUGUGCUGCUGGAUGAUGUGAAUGACAAUACCCCUGCCUUCCCUGCACCUGAAGACACAGUGUCGCUGCCACCAAGCACUGCCCCAGGGACCCCCAUCUAUACACUCCGGGCUCUGGACCCUGAUGCAGGUGUUAACAGUCGAGUCACCUUUGCCCUUCUUGCUGGAGGCGGUGGGGCCUUCAAUGUGGACCCCACCACAGGCCAUGUACGGCUGGUAGGACCUCUGGGGCCCCCAGGGGGACCAGCGUAUGAUCUGGAGCUGGAGGCCCGGGAUGGGGGCUCCCCACCACGCACCAGCCGCUUUCGACUAAGGGUAGUGGUGCAGGACUUGGGGACCCAUGUGCUGGCUCCCCGCUUUGACAGCCCUACCUAUCGUGUGGAUCUACCCUCAGGUACCGCCCCAGGAACUCAGGUUCUGCAAGUGCAUGCCCGAGCACCUGAUGGGGGCCCUGUCACCUACCACCUAGCUGCAGAUGGGACAAGUAGUCCCUUUGGCCUGGAACCACAGAGUGGGUGGCUAUGGGUCCGGGUAGCACUCGACCGUGGGGCCCAGGAGUUGUACACACUGAAGGUAAUGGCAGUGUCUGGGUCCAAAGCUGAGAUGGGGCAGCAGACAGGCACAGCCACUGUGAGGGUCAGCAUCCUCAACCAGAAUGACCACAGUCCCCGCUUGUCUGAGGAGCCCACCUUCCUAGCUGUGGCUGAGAAUCAGCCCCCAGGGACCAGUGUGGGCCGUGUCUCUGCCACUGACCGAGACUCAGGCCCCAAUGGACGUCUGACCUACAGCCUGCGACAGAUGUCAGAAGACAGCAAAGCCUUCCGCAUCCAUCCACAGACUGGAGAAGUGACCACACUCCAAACCCUGGACCGCGAGCGGCAGAGCAGCUACCAGCUCCUGGUGCAGGUGCAGGAUGGGGGAAGCCCACCCCGCAGCACCACAGGCACCGUGCACAUUGCAGUGCUCGACCUCAAUGACAACAGCCCCACCUUCCUGCAGGCUUCAGGGGCUGCUGGUGGCGGCCUCCCCAUACAGGUACCAGACCGUGUGCCUCCAGGAACUCUGGUGACAACUCUGCAGGCCAGGGAUCCAGAUGAGGGGGAGAACGGGACCAUCCUGUACACGCUAACGGGUCCUGGCUCAGAGCUCUUCUCGCUGCACUCUCACUCUGGGGAGCUGCUCACAGCAGCACCCCUGAUCCGAGCCGAGCGGCCCCACUACGUGCUGACCGUAAGCGCUCACGACCAAGGCAGCCCUCCUCGAAGCGCCAGCCUCCAGCUGCUGGUGCAGGUGCUUCUCUCUUCUCGCUCCGCCGAGCCCCAGCCGGAUCCUGCUGAGCCGGACCCGGCGGCGCCGGUGCCUGUGGUGCUGACCGUGACCGCAAACGAGGGGCUGCAGCCCGGUUCCCUGUUGGGCUCGGUGGCGCCGCCAGAGGCGGCGGGAGUGGGCGCACUCACCUAUACACUGGUGGGCGGUGCCGACCCCGAGGGCACCUUCGCGCUGGACGCGGCCUCAGGGCGUCUGUACCUGGCGAGACCCCUGGACUUCGAGGCGGGCCCGGCGUGGCGCGCGCUCACAGUGCGCGCCGAGGGGGCGGGAGGAGCGGGCGCGCGGCUGCUGCGAGUCCAGGUACGCGUGCAGGACGAGAACGAGCAUGCGCCCGCCUUUGCGCGCGACCCGCUGGCGCUGGCGCUGCCCGAAAACCCGGACCCUGGCGCCGCGCUGUACACGUUCCGCGCGUCGGACGCCGACGGCCCAGGUCCCAACAGCGACGUGCGCUACCGCCUACUGCGCCAGGAGCCGCCCGUGCCCGCGCUUCGCCUGGACGCGCGCACCGGGGCGCUCAGCGCUCCUCGCGGCCUGGACCGGGAGAACACACCCGCGCUGCUGCUGCUGGUUGAAGCGACCGACCGGCCCGCCAACGCCAGCCGCCGCCGCGCAGCGCGCGUCUCCGCGCGCGUAUUCGUCACCGAUGAGAAUGACAAUGCGCCGGUCUUCGCCUCGCCUUCACAUGUGCGCCUCCCUGAGGAUCAGCCAACUGGGCUUGUGGCACUGCACGUCGUAGCCCGGGACCCGGACCUGAGCGAGGCCGCACGCGUAUCCUAUCGCCUGGCAGCUGGCGGGGACGGCCACUUCCGGCUACAUUCCAGCACUGGAGCACUGUCGGUGGUGCGGCCCUUGGACCGCGAGCAGCGAGCUGAACACGUAUUGACCGUGGUGGCUUCAGACCAUGGUUCCCCGCCGCGCUCAGCCACGCAGCUCCUAACUGUCAGUGUUGCCGACGUCAAUGACGAGGCACCAGCUUUCCAGCAGCAGGAGUACAGGGUCCUCUUGCGCGAGAACAGCCCACCUGGCACAUCUCUGCUCACUCUGCAGGCAACCGACCCAGACCUGGGAGCCAAUGGACAAGUGACUUAUGGAGGCAUCUCUGGAGAAAGCUUCUCUCUAGACCCAGACACUGGAGUUCUCACAACUCUUCGGGCCCUGGAUCGGGAGGAGCAGGAGGAGAUCAACCUGACAGCGUAUGCCCAGGACAGGGGCUCACCCACCUUGUUGACCCAUGUCACAGUGCGGGUGGCUGUGGAGGAUGAGAAUGACCAUGCCCCAACCUUUGGGAGUACCCACCUCUCCCUGGAGGUCCCUGAGGGCCAGGAACCCCAAACUCUUACCACACUGCGGGCCUCUGACCCUGAUGUGGGAGCCAAUGGGCAGCUGCAGUACCGCAUCCUGGAUGGGGACACGUCAGGAGCCUUUAUCCUAGACGUAGCUUCUGGAGAGUUCGGCACCAUGAGGCCUCUAGACCGGGAGGUGGAGCCAGCAUUCCAGCUGCAGAUAGAGGCCCGGGACGGGGGCCAGCCAGCUCUCAGUGCCACUCUGCUUGUGACAGUGACAGUGCUGGAUGCCAAUGACCAUGCUCCAGCCUUCCCUGUGCCAGCCUACUCUGUGGAGGUGCCUGAGGAUGCUCCCGCAGGGACCUUGCUGCUGCAGCUACAGGCUCAUGACCCUGAUGCGGGGGCCAAUGGCCGUGUGACCUACUACCUGGGCGCGGGUACAGCAGGCGCCUUCCUGCUAGAGCCAGGCUCUGGGGAACUGCGCACAGCUACAGCCCUGGACCGAGAGCAGUGUCCCAGCUAUGCCUUCUCCGUGAGCGCAGUGGAUGGUGCAGCUGCUGGGCCUCUGAGCACCACAGUGCCUGUCACCAUCACUGUGCGUGACGUCAAUGACCAUGCACCCACCUUCCCUGCCAGUCCCCUGCGGCUGCGCCUGCCUCGCCCAGGCCCCAACCUCAACACCCCCACCCUGGCUUUGGCCACACUACGUGCUGAAGACCGUGAUGCUGGUGCCAAUGCCUCCAUCCUGUACCGGCUGGCAGGCACACCACCACCUGGCACCACUGUGGACUCUUACACUGGUGAAAUCCGUGUGGCCCGCUCCCCUGUAGCCCUGGGACCCCAGGAUCGUGUCCUCUUCAUCGUGGCCACUGACCUUGGCCGUCCAGCUCGCUCUGCCACUGGCGUGGUCAUUGUUGGGCUGCAGGGGGAGUCUGAGCGUGGACCCCGCUUUCCCCGAGCUAGUAGCGAGGCUGUGCUCCGAGAGAAUGCACCCCCAGGGACUCCCGUUGUCUCUCCCAAGGCUGUCCAUGUGGGGGGCUCUAAUGGACUGAUCACCUAUAGCAUUCUCAGUGGGAAUGAAAGAGGAACUUUCUCCAUCCAGCCUAGUACAGGUGCCAUCACAGUCCGCUCAGCAGACGGGUUAGACUUUGAGGCAAACCCACGGCUGCGACUGGUGCUACAGGCAGAGAGUGGAGGAGCCUUUGCCUUCUCAGUUCUGACCCUCACCCUACAGGAUACCAAUGACAAUGCUCCCCGCUUCUUGCGGCCCCACUAUGUGGCUUUCCUGCCUGAGUCCCGGCCAUUGGAGGGGCCCCUGCUGCAGGUAGAGGCAGAUGACCGGGAUCAAGGCUCUGGUGGACAGAUCUCCUACAGUCUGGCCGCCUCCCAGCCAGCACGGGGAUUAUUCCACGUGGACUCAGCCACAGGCACUAUCACUACCACAGCCAUCCUGGACCGUGAGAUCUGGGCCGAAACACGGCUCGUACUGAUGGCCACAGACCGAGGAAGCCCAGCCCUGGUGGGCUCAGCUACCCUGACAGUGAUGGUCAUCGACACCAAUGACAACCGCCCCACCAUCCCCCAGCCCUGGGAGCUCCGAGUGCCCGAAGAUGCACUGUUGGGCUCAGAGAUUGCACAGGUAACAGGGAAUGAUGUCGACUCGGGACCAGUGCUGUGGUAUGUGCUGAGUCCAUCUGGGCCCCAGGAUCCCUUCAGCAUUGGCCGCUACGGGGGCCGUAUCUCCCUCAUGAGCCCUCUAGACUUCGAGCAGCGUGACCACUACCACCUGCAGCUGCUGGCGCAUGACGGGCCUCACGAGGGCCGUGCUAACCUCACAGUGCUCGUGGAGGAUGCCAAUGAUAACACACCUGCCUUCUCCCAAAGUCUCUACCAGGUGACUCUACUUGAGCAUACGCCCCCAGGCAGUGCCAUCCUCUCCGUCUCUGCCACUGACCGGGACUCGGGUGCCAAUGGUCACAUCUCCUACCACCUGGCGUCCCCAGCUGAGGGCUUCAGUGUCGAUCCCAACAACGGGACCUUGUUCAUGACAGCGGGAACAGUGGCCUUUGGCCAUGAGGGGUCAGGAGUGGUGGACAUGGUGCUGGAAGCACGAGACCAUGGGGUGCCAGGCCGGGCAGCACGAGCCACAGUGCAUGUGCAGCUGCAGGACCAGAACGACCACGCCCCAAGCUUCACUUUGCCACACUACCGUGUGGCUGUGACUGAGGAUCUGCCCCCUGGCUCCACCCUGCUCACCCUGGAAGCCACAGAUGCCGACAGAAGCCGCACCCAUGCCGCUGUGGACUACAGCAUCGUCGGUGGCAACCGGGGCCAAGUCUUCCAGCUGGAACCCCGGCUGGCUGAGGCUGGGGAGGGUGGUGGACCAGGUCCCCAGACUCUGGGCUGCCUGGUGCUGCUUGAGCCUCUGGACUUCGAGAGCAUGACCCAAUACAAUCUGACCGUGGCUGCCACUGACCGGGGACAGCCACCCCUCAGCUCAGCUGUGCCAGUCACCGUCACCGUGCUAGAUGUCAACGACAACCCACCUGUCUUCACCCAAGCAUCCUACCGUGUGGCAGUCCCUGAAGACACGCCUGUUGGAGCUGAGCUGCUGCAUGUGGAGGCCUCCGAUGCUGACCCUGGCCCUCAUGGCCUCGUGCGCUUCACCGUCAGUUCAGGCGACCCUUCGGGGCUUUUUGAGUUGGAUGAGGGCUCGGGUGCCUUGCGUCUGGCCCACCCCCUGGACUGUGAGACCGAGGCCCGACACCAGCUUGUAGUGCAGGCUGCUGACCCGGCCGGGGCACACUUUGCUCUGGCACCCGUGGUAAUCGAGGUCCAAGAUGUGAAUGACCAUGGCCCAGCCUUCCCUCUGAGCUUGCUCAGCACCAGCCUGGCCGAGAACCAGCCCCCAGGCACUCUUGUCACCACCCUGCACGCAAUUGAUGCAGAUGCUGGGGCUUUCGGGAGGCUCCGCUACAGCCUGUUGGAGGCCGGGCCAGGAACUGAGGGUCGAGAGGCUUUCGCACUGAACAGCUCAACAGGAGAGUUGCGGGCACGAGUGCCCUUUGACUAUGAGCACACAGGAAGCUUCCGGCUGCUGGUGGGUGCUGCUGAUGCAGGAAAUCUCUCCGCCUCAGUCACUGUGUCAGUGCUGGUGACGGGUGAGGAUGAGUAUGACCCUGUGUUCUUGGCUCCAGCUUUCCACUUCCAAGUGCCAGAAGGUGCCCGGCGUGGCCACAGCCUGGGUCACGUGCAGGCAACAGACGAGGAUGGAGGUGCUGAUGGCCUGGUGCUUUAUUCUCUUGCCACCUCUUCCCCCUAUUUUGGCAUCAACCAGACUACAGGUGCCCUGUACCUGCGGGUGGACAGCCGGGCACCGGGCAGUGGGACGGGUACCUCUGGGGGUGGGUCCCGGACCCGGCGUGAGGCACCGCGCGAGUUGAGGCUGGAGGUGGUGGCACGGGGCCCACUGCCGGGUUCCCGGAGUGCCACGGUACCUGUGACUGUGGAUAUCACCCACACUGCCCUGGGCCUGGCGCCUGACCUCAACCUGCUGCUGGUGGGGGCUGUGGCAGCCUCCUUGGGGGUUGUGGUGGUGCUUGCCCUGGCAGCCCUGGUCCUGGGGCUGGUGCGAGCACGAAGCCGCAAGGCUGAGGCGGCUCCUGGCCCAAUGUCACAGUCUGCGCCCCUGGCCAGUGGUUCUCUGCAGAAGCUGGGCCGGGAGCCACCCAGCCCACCACCUUCAGAGCACCUGUAUCACCAGACUCUGCCCAGCUAUGGUGGGCCAGGAGCUGGGGGACCCUAUCCCCGUGGUGGCUCCCUGGACCCUUCACACUCAAGUGGCCGAGGCUCAGCAGAAGCUGCAGAAGAUGACGAGAUCCGCAUGAUCAAUGAGUUCCCCCGUGUGGCCAGUGUGGCCUCCUCCCUGGCUGCCCGGGGCCCUGAUUCCGGCAUCCAGCAGGAUGCAGACGGGCUGAGCGACACAUCCUGUGAGCCACCCGCCCCUGACACCUGGUAUAAGGGCCGCAAGGCAGGGCUGCUGCUGCCAGGUGCAGGAGCCACUCUGUACCGAGAGGAGGGACCCCCGGCCACCACCACAGCGUUCCUUGGGGGCUGUGGUCUGAGCCCUGCACCCACGGGGGACUAUGGCUUCCCAGCAGAUGGCAAACCCUGCGUGGCGGGCGCACUGACGGCCAUUGUGGCUGGCGAGGAAGAGCUCCGUGGCAGCUAUAACUGGGACUACCUGCUGAGCUGGUGCCCUCAGUUCCAGCCACUGGCCAGUGUCUUCACAGAGAUUGCUCGGCUCAAGGAUGAAGCUCGGCCAUGUCUCCCAGCUCCCCGAAUUGACCCCCCACCCCUCAUUACUGCUGUGGCCCACCCAGGAGCCAAGUCUGUGCCCCCCAAGCCAGCCAGCACAGCCGCAGCCCGGGCCAUCUUCCCACCAGCCUCUCACCGCUCCCCUAUCAGUCAUGAAGGCUCCCUGUCCUCAGCGGCCAUGUCCCCCAGCUUCUCGCCCUCGCUAUCUCCGCUGGCUGCUCGCUCACCCGUUGUCUCGCCAUUUGGAGUGGCUCAGGGCCCCUCAGCCUCGGCCCUCAGCACAGAAUCCAGCCUGGAGCCACCUGAGGACACAGAGCUGCACAUCUAGCUGUGGCCCAGGCUGGGCCCCGACCUGGGAUGCGCACAGUAUCCCCAAUGCAGGCCCCACUCUGAGCCUGCCCUGGGCAGCCUCGGACCAUGAUUGGCCACAGAGGAGGAGGCCACCCCCAGGCCCUAGCUCCCCAUCCCAAACUC